AUGCAUCUCUCGCUCUGCACUACAUUGACCCUCCUCGGGGCCGUCGCCACUGCCCUCCCGGGUGAGCUUAUCUCGAAGCGCGCCCUCACCCCACAGGACAUCAAUCCGCGGACAGGCUGCCCGGGCUACCUCCCCGCCGGCGAGUUCGAGUUCCCGCACUACAUCACGCAGGUCUCCAAGUCCGAGCCCGACCGCUCCUGGGGCCCGCAGUACUUUGGCGUCUUCACGCCCAACGACGUCGCCUCCAUCUUCAGCUUUGACGUCCCGGCCUCGCGCGCUGGCGCCAACUGCACCCUCGAGUUCCUCUUCCCGCGCCAGGAGCAGCUCGUCACCAGCUCGUACGAGUACAGCGGCGGCGGCAGCUUCUUCUUCACCGGCUUCAACCCGGGCAGCUGCCCCGGGCCCCAGACGACGUGGAACAACCUGCCCGCGCCGGGGCCGUUCCCACCCUUCCCGCCGGUCCACAUGGAGCCCGGCAAUGCCUAUGUCAUCGACAUUGGCCCUUGCUGGGUCGGUGCAGGCACUUGUGUGGCUGGGAUGACGAGCACGAAUGAUUCCAACUUUCGGUUCUUUCAGGACUUUAAUGACUGUCCAAUUGGCAUCUACACUACCUACUCUUAUCUCACUUGA